UGAAUGUUCAUGUAAUGAAAGAUGGACGUAAGGGAGUUGUCAACAAUCAGAUUCAAGACUGGUCGUUUCGUCUAGAUGGUAUCUUUCAUAACGCCACACAAGACCAGGUGUUUGACACAGUUUCUGCAAAUAUUGUCACAUCAGCACUUGAUGGCUACAAUGGAACUAUGAUGUGUUAUGGACAGACUGGUGCAGGUAAAACAUUCACAAUGACUGGAGCCACCGAGAACUACGCUCAUCGAGGAAUGAUACCUCGCUCAAUUUCUCAGUUGUUCAAGGAAAUUGAAGAUAGGCCUGAGUUUGCUAUUACAUGCAGGAUAUCUUACAUAGAAAUCUACAAUGAGACGAUGUUUGACCUACUUUCAACGUUACCCGAGUCAUGGAACCAGCUGAAUGAGAACCAGCCAAUGACAAUAUGCGAGAAUGAGGACGGUAUUUAUGUGAAAGGAUUGUCGUGUCACCUCGUACAGAAUGAGGAGGAGGCCCUUAACUUGUUAUUUGAGGGGGAGACAAACAGAGCUAUAGCAUCCCACACAUUAAAUGCCAGGUCAUCUAGAUCACACUGUAUAUUUACAGUCUACAUAGAGACAAGAUCUCGUGUACAGUCCAAUGCUAGAUACACUGUCUCUAAACUCAACUUUGUUGAUCUGGCGGGAAGUGAGAGACUUGGCAAAACAAAGUCUGAGGGUAAGACACAGCAGGAGGCUAUGUAUAUUAACAAAUCUCUGACGUUCCUCGAACAAGUCAUCGUUGCAUUAGCUGAUAGAAGACGGGAACAUAUUCCAUUCCGACAGUCAAAACUUACACACUGUCUAAAAGAUUCCAUCGGCGGGCGCAGUAACACACUACUGAUAGCAAAUAUAUGGGGAGAAUCAUCGCAAGUUGAAGAAACUGUUUCCACAUUAAGAUUUGCCACAAGAAUGAUGUGUGUGGCGAGUGAACCAACUGUAAAUGAAGUCUACGACCCUGCUGUGUUAGUUAAGAAAUUACAGAAGGAAAUAAAUCACUUGAAGAAUGAGCUAGCCAUGCAUGAUACUUUGACAAAUCGCAGUCAGAUAACAUAUGACCCGUUGUCAGAGCAACAGAAGUACGAGAUACGGCAGCAAGUUAGGCGGUAUGUGGAAGGAAAUCUUGAUGAAAUCGAUGUUAUCAAUUUGCGACAGAUACAAGGUACAUUUGAAGCAUUUAGAGAUAUUUACCAGCAAAUGGAUAAGGACAUAGAGGAAAGAUUACGGCAGAAGUAUGCUUUGAUAGAUCGCACUGACCCUUCAGCUAUACAAGCAGCCCAACAGUCAGUCGCAGAGAGAAAAGCGUCGAAUCAGUCAAUUACGAGCGUACGCUCGGGUGAUAUAUCACAAGCUGGUGUUCCUAUAAGUGAUGAUGGUACACUGGUAGGAGAAUCUGACGGGCAGAGUUUUGGUGUGGGCGUGGCACCACGGUCGGCUAGAGCAGAGCCCUCGUCGGUUGUCCAGCUCAAGAAGAAAGAAGACGAGAGGAAGAAACGAGAUAGAGGUGGCCGCGGAGCCCGAGGAAGUCCCGUGGCUGGUAGAGCAAGUCCGGCUCACAGUGGCAAGGGUGAGAGGGAUAUAAAGAGCCCGCAUACCCCACUUGAAAGGGAACGUAAGGAAGAGGAGGAUAGAACCACACCCACGAGUUCUGCGGGCGGGUCUCGCACAGAGAGACAGACGAGACCUAGUACUCCACCUCAGAGAACAAAGGCAUUUGAAGAGUUUAAGCAAGAAAGAGGAAGUGAAAUAAAUAGAAUUCUCGUAGAAAAUAAAGAAAUUUUAGCAUCGAAAAAGAAGAAGUAUACCGAGUUAGCUAGAACGAUAAACCAAACCAAGGUGGAUAUUGAUAAAAGUCGAUCAAAACUUGAUCAGCUGAAAGAAGACAGAGAACAAGCAGGUCCGACAUAUAACGAAGAUGGUGAUAUUGUCAUCAGUGAGGAUGAGUUCCUGGAAAUUAAGAGAUUAAAGGACCUGAAACAGAACUAUAGAAAUGACUUUGAUGAGUUGAAGAACCUUAAAGCUGAGGUUCAGUACUGCCAGAGACUUGUUGAUCAAUGUAGGCAGAGGCUUAUACAAGAAUUUGACAACUGGUAUGCUGAGAGUUUCUUGAACCAGUCUGAUGAUCCUCAGACUAGUGUAGCAGCCGGUCAUGGCAUUAGACCGGGCAUAUUUAUACCAUAUAACCCAAAUCAGCUUGAGGACGAGCAGGAGAAGUUUGAUCGUUUACAGAUGGAAUUGUUGAUGAAUGAUCCAGAAUCUGCUGCCUUCUAUAAUGCCAAGAUGAGGAAAGAUAGAAGGAAAACAUACGAGGAGGCGAUGUCACAGCCGCAACCUUCCUACAGACGAGCCCCUGGUACCCCUACUAUACAUGUACGGAACCAGCCCCCGAGUAUGCUGCAAGUUUCUCAUUAAAGUGUCUUCAAAUUUAAGUUCUGAUUAUUGGACAAUUAAACAUUGUAAAUGUUUUUUUUUAUAAAUAUAUAUUUAUGUGUAAUUAUUAUUGUUGCAAUUGAAAAUGCUCCUGGGUAUAUAUUAUGGACAGUUAUGAAUGUUAUGGUGAGAAAAAAAAUGAUAUGAAUGUGUAGAUAACACAGUCUUAACAAUGUAAAUGUUUAUGUGUAUGUUGAAAGAAUUUUUUUAAAAAAGUGAUUUUAUUUACUUUUUGUGAAUUAAAAAAAAGUAAUUUUAUUUACUUUUUAUGACAUAUUAUUUGAAUACUUGAAGGCAAAGCUUUACUUGAAAAUAGCAAAAGUGUUCCAAACUAUUUUUUUCUCAAAGUUUCAGAAUUUGUAGGUGUUUGGUUAAAGUAACUCUUGUAUCAAACCAAAGCAAUGUAAAAGUUUGAUUAUACAAAAGUGUAAGGUUUCUUUUCAUUUCCAAUAUGCCUGUGAAAUAUGUAUGGUAAACUUUUUGUGAUGUUUUUUUUUCUGUUAUACAAAAAUGUCAGAAUAAAAACCCUUCAUUUAUGUCAAACAUGUAAAAAGGAUGUAGUUCGGUAUAUAGCAAAUAAGAGACACUUGGAACCCAUUAGGGUGACUUCUAAACCCCUUGACUCUGAAACCCUGUUUUACAUGACUUUUCCACCUCUAGAAGGUAAGACAUUUUUAUCCCUUUAUAAAAAUUUUAGGGAUGACAAGGGGUCAAGAUGUCAUCCGGUCAGUUAUAUUUAGGUAAUAGUGAAAUUGAUUAUUUAUUUUAAGAUUCACUAUUAUAUUUUGGAAGGAUGUUAAUGAGGAGUACGUGGAUAGGGAUCAAGGGGUUGGGGGGGGGGGAGUGGGGUUCUCGGUCUGAAAACUGAGUUCAGAAGAGUAGGUAGAAAUGGGUUAUUGAAAAACAGAGACAGGUUUGAGAAUUGAACUUUUUUACAGCACAUUCAGUAUUCUCACCUGUGUGGUGUACCUGUUGUUAAUGAUUCUAUUUAUAGAAGUCUGUUGUAAAUGAUUCUAUUUAUAUAAUUUUUGUGUUGAGUACUUGUUACAGCAUUGAUGAUGAUUAUUUUUUACAGAUACAUUAAGAACUAUGAUUAAAUUUCAUUGUUCAAGUCGCAUUGAUUUUUAUUAUUUAUUUUUUCUCCAUUUUUUUGUAUAUUAAAGCAUGCAUUUAUAAAGGUAUGCAGGAUGUGUUAUUGUCAUAUCUAUUUUUAGUUUCCUUUUUUACAGGGAGUAUUACACCAUUGUUUAUAAUUGAGGUGAAUAAGUUUGUCAGUUUUUUCGUUGUUUGAAUGCCAAUUUUUAACUGACGGACAGUGGUAUUAGUAUGAAUGUUUUUAUGUAGAUAUAUAUAACACAACUGUGCUUGUUUCAAGUUUGUGAUAACUUAACGACUGUGAUAUUUUAUUGUACAUCUUUUUUUUUUAAAUCUUGUUGUUUAUCUUUGAUGAAUUUAAGAGUUCAAAGUCUAGGUGAAGUUGUAUGAAACUUGAGAUAUAAUGAGGUUUGACAUUAAAGCUGUGUGUAAUGAUUUAUGAUAAAGAGAUCCUGAUUGAUUACUUGGAUAAAAUAUAUAUUUAAAGGAACUCCACCGAGGUCCAAAGGUUUUAAAACAUAAAAUUUGAAAAUCUUACAAAUAUCAAGUGAAGCUCUUCAAAUGGAAAAUACUGCAUAUGUUAACAAAGAAAUAUACUCAGAAUUAAACUGAGAAUCAAUUUUUGUGCGAUUCUAACCUGGAAUUGAUAGAAAAGCAUUGCAACGCUUUUCCUUUUUUGGGUCAUUUUGCACAAUAUGAAUUAUACAAGAAAAACAGUGUGAGGGAAUGACAUGAAAAUUUGCACACAAGUUAUUGGUUAAGACUUCCAUCCAUUGGUACAUAAAUCUAGGAAAAAUAUUUCCAGCCCCUUCAUGUCUAAAAACCUCAGUGGAGUCCCUUUAAUAUACACAUUUUGUUUUAAAAUAAUCAAAAUUUAUGUUAAAUAAAGAGUUUAAUUAAUUGUAACAGUCAUUCUAGGUUUUCUUGUACACUUAAAUACAUCAAAGACAUUCAUGUUAAUUUUUUUUUUUAAAGAUAUUUCAGAAUAUGAAUUUUUACAUGCCAUCUUUUGGCAAAUAUAGAUAAAAGUAUGAAUGCAUGUUCUUUUUUUAUUCAUAUCAUUAAGUAUUUUAUAAGAGUACAGGAUGUUUUAAGUGUUGUACACUUUUACUCUGCAUCUGGGACAAAAGAUUAAAGGUAUUCUAGGUCCCAGUAUAUCAUAUAUAUUGUAUAUAUAUAUUUUUUGUUUUGUUUUAUUUCUUCUUUACAAUGUGUAGUGCAGCAUAUAUGCUGUAAAGUACUGUGUAUCAUAUUACAUGUGUAAUAAAUAAAAAUAUUGCACCUUUGAA